UUUCUACCCUUUGCUCGUCGUCGUCGUUGUCGUCAUCGUCGUUGUCAUCGUACGGCCGUCUCUCGUUUCAUCGUACACACUCGUGGCGAACGGUGCAGUGAGUGGUAUUUCCCUAGUCAUCGAGUCGAUACGCGGUACGGAUCGCGUCCUCGCCUCUUUUCAUAGGAUUCUUCACAAUCGCGUAUGAUAUUUCGAGCUGUCGAUCUGUCGAGAGGGAUCCUCGAUCACGGUGGAAUCAAAGGUUAUAACCUGUCAUCGUCGCCAUCGUCAUCGGCGCCGCCGACGUCGUCGUCGUCAAUCUCAAUCAGCUGCUUCGCGGGUAGCCGUCCAAUAGCGGUGCUUUCAGGCGUUCACACGUCGACACAGCCUACGUGCUAGAACUGAAGGGUCCGGAGAGCACGAAGGCGAGAAGAAAUGAGUUGGACGUGACACAAUGACAUGAUGAAGAGCCUGGUGGGGAUCAUGUGGAUAGUGUUGGUGCUCAUAUCAGGAUGCUCAGGAAAUCCAGAUGCGAAACGAUUGUACGACGACCUCCUGUCGAAUUACAACAAGCUGGUUCGUCCAGUGGUCAACGUCACAGACGCCCUCACCGUUAAAAUCAAGCUCAAACUCUCGCAGUUGAUCGAUGUUAAUCUCAAAAAUCAAAUCAUGACGACGAACCUCUGGGUCGAACAGUCAUGGUACGAUUACAAGUUAAAAUGGGAUCCAAAGGAAUAUGGUGGGGUGGAGAUGUUGCACGUGCCAUCCGAUCAUAUAUGGAGGCCCGAUAUAGUUUUGUAUAACAAUGCCGACGGUAAUUUCGAGGUGACGCUGGCAACGAAGGCGACGUUAAAUUACACAGGGAGGGUCGAAUGGAAGCCACCGGCCAUAUACAAGUCUUCCUGCGAGAUCGACGUAGAAUACUUCCCGUUCGACGAGCAGACGUGCGUCAUGAAGUUCGGCUCGUGGACUUACGAUGGCUUCCAGGUCGAUCUACGGCACAUCGACGAGAUCCGUGGCAGCAACGUCGUAGAUAUCGGCGUCGAUCUGUCGGAGUUUUACACUUCCGUCGAGUGGGAUAUCCUCGAAGUCCCAGCCGUGAGAAAUGAAAAAUUUUACACGUGCUGCGACGAGCCCUACCUCGACAUCACGUUCAACAUCACCAUGAGACGGAAGACUCUGUUUUACACUGUCAACCUUAUAAUACCGUGUAUGGGCAUCUCGUUUCUCACGGUGUUGGUCUUCUAUCUGCCAAGCGACAGUGGCGAGAAGGUCAGCCUAUCAAUUUCGAUUUUACUGUCGCUGACUGUGUUCUUCCUCCUGCUGGCCGAAAUUAUCCCGCCCACGUCGCUCGUGGUACCGCUUCUCGGUAAAUUCGUCCUCUUCACCAUGAUCCUAGACACCUUCAGUAUAUGCGUAACCGUGGUAGUCCUUAAUGUUCACUUCCGGUCGCCACAGACGCACGUGAUGGCACCAUGGGUCCGUCGUGUUUUUAUCCAUGUUCUGCCAAGACUACUGGUGAUGCGCAGGUAUAAUACGUCUUCGAAGAGAUCCGAUUACGAUUCCAGGCCGCAGUACCAGAUAGACAAGCGUACCAUGGGUGCCCAUCACGGCCAACGCGUGAUGGUCAGAACGUGCAAUGGUCUCGAAUUACGAGACCCAUCUCUCUUCGUAGAGACUUCGGCCUCGGAGCUGGUUGAGUCCUCCGUUUUGUUCCCGAGUCUCGAUUCGCGGGACGAAUUACACCCUCGGGAAUUAGAAGCUGUGAAUUUAGGAAGUGCGUGUCGCAUUCACGGUUCACCAGCAACCACGGCUGCUCCUCCACCGCAACUGCCGACCGAGGAGAGCGUGGACGCUCUCUGUAACACUCUUCAUCAUUGGCAUCACUGCCCAGAACUAUAUAAGGCUAUUGAAGGCAUUCGUUUCAUUGCUGACCAUACGAAAAGAGAAGAGGACUCUACCAGAGUCAAAGAAGAUUGGAAAUACGUCGCGAUGGUGCUUGACAGGUUAUUCCUGUGGAUUUUUACACUAGCCGUAGUCGUCGGCACGGCAGGUAUCAUCCUGCAGGCACCAACGCUCUAUGACGAUCGCAUCCCCAUUGACGUGCGACUGUCCGAGAUCGCUUCCACCACUGCCAAGCCACACAUCGUCACAAGCCUCUGAGAGACAAUUGUUCAAUUUCGUUACCUUCACGUACGACGCAUGCUCGCAUACACAUGCGUUACACACGUACAUACAUAUACAAUGUAUUACGCAACAACGUAAGAACAAAUUAUGAAAAUGCGUUCACGUUGACCAGGGACUCUUUUGCAAAGAAUACCCACGUGCUGUCAAUCAUUUCGAUGGUACAUAUAGGUUGUACGGAAAGUCUGUUAGCGUUAAUCGACAUUGAUAACCUUCGGCCGCCAUUUUGCUAGAUCCGAAGGGGCUGGUAUCGUUCAAAUAUUUCUAUAUAGUCCUAUCAUUAUAAUACUUCCACCUCUAUCGCUUGAAUUCUGGAUUAAUUAUAUUAUCGGUGACAGUUCUUUAAUUCUCGCUAGCGUUUGCAAUUUUUCAUUUGAAACUAUACAUUUACAGAUUUAUUGAUUUGUAAUACGAGAACGAUAAAUAUACGUUUGAAUAGACAUUGGUAAAUGUAUCCAAGUAUUCAUUGAUUUUAUUCGAAUUUAAGAGAUUUCGAUACAUUUGCAAACACGAUUGAAAAAACAGAGGUUUCUCGUCCCUGGUGUAAACGACUGAAAGACUGAAGCCUCGAUGAGAGAAAGGGAGUCUUCGAUUUUUCGCGCGAAUUAUACGACUAACGGCCAAUUAACUGCUAUUCCCCUGCUCAAGGCGAGGAUUCUCAAAUCAUACGCACAUCAGCGAUCAGAACGUAGGAAUAACACUAACGAAAAUGGACGACAAUUAGAUAAAAUGGAAAUGAAAUAAAUGUAAUUGAACAUAUUUCUUGACCUUGAUUGCACCCUUGAAAGUCAUAUUUCUAAAUGAUAAUGUUAUGUUUCUUCAGUUCUCGUGUAAAAGAUUAAAAUACUUGCGAAGGACAAGAAAUAUGUUUUUGCAUGAACGUUGAAGGCAAAUGAUUUUUGAUUCGUGGUUUUAUUGUUAAUAUUACAAACGAGCGAAAGACAUGUAGGGAAAUCAGGUUGUUGAUACAUGUACACAACGUAGAAUUAAUGUGGAGAGACCUAAGAAGAGUUCGAGUUUAUGCCAGUUGCAUUCACAGUACAAUUGUGAUUCUUUAACGGUAUAAAAUUAACAAACGAAUUACAUUCGAGGUCAUUUCUAAGAACGACCGUGAACAAUAGUCAUAAAAAGAAGUUAAACAUACAAUAUAAAUAUUAAUUUGUUAUUUAAGUGUUUAAGGAAUCACUGAUGUUCCGUCACCCUUGAAGAACGCCUCAAAGAACGCAAUUUUGCCAUUGAAUCGCAUUAAAGUGUUCUCGUGUCUCGUUACACACAGCGAAGAAAAAAUGUGGGACCGAAGUGUUAUAUUUUAGACACAACAUAGUUUCGAAUCGAAACGAGUUUUAAAACGGAGAACGAUCAACGACGUACCAAAGCAAUUGUUAAAGUAAUGGAAAAAGGAUCACAAUAAUUGAUGUAGAUGGCAUGGGAUUUGACAAAGCCUGUUGCAGACUCAGGAAAAAAGGAAAAGAAUGAAAGAAAGAAGAUAUUGAACAGUUUCCGAAGUUUACAUUGAGCCUGUAACAAUGGGGCCAUAUUUUCACAGAAUAAAAAGAAAAGAAAAGAAUAGAGAACAAAGUCGCAUGUCUCUCUAGUUGUGAAGCUGCAAAUUCUAAAAAUCUGGAUCCACGUACGACAAGCAAAUUGACGUAAGAGAAGAAGAAGAAGCGCUAGGCCUAAGAAAGUUUCACCGACUCAACUUUUAUUGCUCAUAAUACGUAAUAUGUUCGUAAUAAGAUACACUUUCGUAAUUACGUUCGUUCCAGUAUCACCGACGAACCGUGAGAAAUUUAUUAGACAUAUUAACAUCACGUACAUGAAAAGACAAGAAAACAAGAUGAAACGCACUAAAAAAACGAAGUAAUAUGAAAACAAUUGCAACUGUUUAUUAUUGCAAUCGCGUUCAGGAUAAUUUACUGUCUUCCUAAGCUACGAAAAUUAACGACUUACUUUUGAUGGACAACAGUCGCGUUGAUUCCAGUUCACUGUUGUUCCCUCUUAAUACAGAUGCGAAAAAUAAACGAAAAGAAAAAAAUAAUAAAAAAAAAAAUGAAAAUAAGUAGAGCCGAGUAAUUGGUAAAAUUAUUAGUUAAGUAUAUAUGAAUAGCCAGGAUUUUACGUCUUACAAAAAAAAAAAAACGAAGCAACGAUCCGCUGCUUAAAAAUCCUUUCGACGAGACUCUUUUUGGCCGCUGAUCGUAGACUUUCCAACCAGUCCUACUACUUUGAAAAACCUCGGCUCGUAGUGUGUAUCAUGACGAACCAUAAAUGCCUGCCACCAGUAGUCAACAAACACACCGACAAAGAAAAACAUUUUGACAAUUUUGUAUGCACUACUCCGAAAAAAACUAAUUAAUGAGAAUUACUCGACGAUACAAAUUCUUCUAGCGAAUUUUAUUAUUAUUAUCGUUUGUAAUACACGGAAGUUUCUUUUGGAAACGAUAAAAUUAGGAAAAAAAUUUCGAGAGAACGAAAGAAACAAAAAUUAGCUUGUGGUUGGCGCGGUCAUCGCAUAGAUAUGGAUUUCACAUGUGGACCCUGUGUUUCUUAAUAUUUUUUUAUUUUAAUUGUUUGUCGUUUGAGAGAGAGUGUGUGUGAUAGAGAGAGAGAGAGAGAGAGAGAGAGAGGAAGAAAGAGAGAGAGAGAGAGAAAGAGAGAAAGCGUGAAAGUUAUCCGCGUGAAUGUGUGAGGAGUAUUAAUGAAAUAAAAAAAAACAAAAAGUAGAAAAAAGAAGAAAAAUUGAUUAUACAUUAUUAUGAGGAAGUAAGCGCAGUGAUAGUUACUCAACGUAAGUUACAAAACAAUUUAACGAUAUAUAUAUAUAUAUAUAAAUAUAUAAAUAUUAUAAAUAACCAUUACCACACACGAUAAAAGUAAUAUGGCAAGAUAUUUUGUGAGUGUGUCUAUAAGCUCGAUUAUAAAACCUACGUAAAUUAAGCAGACAGUUUGUCUUCAUUCACGAAAUUGAAGAUGUUGUUCCCAUAAAGGAAGAGAUUUUAUAAAUGGUGUGUUGAACUUUUAACGGUCGUCAUUCACAUGAAAUGGCCUUAUAUUCAACACUCGGACUCACAACGCAUUCAGGGAGAGAAGUGUUGCUAUAUUAAAUGUAGUUUUACUCGUCGGAUUGUGCGUAGCGCAUAAUCUGUCAAUCUAUGAUUAAAUGUUUUACCAUCGAUUAUGUACUUUCACUUUAUACGUGAUAUUCAUUUCUUAAUAUGAAAUAAUGUAUCCAUUAUAAUUCAUAACUGCGACGAACUUAAUUUUUAGCCACGGAAAUUACUUAAAUACGUUACUGUAUUUAAGAAUAAGUAAUUCUUUUAAAAAAAAAAUAUUUCUUGCUUAAGAUAUUACAGUAAGGUAUUGGGCUUGUAUAAGAUAUUUCAAAAUAAGUGUCAAAUGAGAUAGUUAUUUAUAAAAAUAUAAGAAGACUUAGUUUUCUAUAUAUAUCUUUUUUAAAGAAGGAUUAAAAGAUCAGAUUCAAUAAAAUACAGAAAGUGACUUCCAAGCAAUCUAAGGUGUAGAAAAAAUAACUAUGUUUAAGAAACUGAGAUGUAACUUUGAAAAUGUCCUGUAAAUAAAGUAUUAACACCUUACUUCUUGGAACUCCUACUUUUCUGUAACCUUAGAUUGUUCAAUCAUUUUGUAUUAACUCAAUAAUAUAUUAUUUUGUUUUUUUAAUCAUCUUAAAUAAAAAGAUUUUAAAUAAGAAGCUCUGUUAUAUUUAACAGCUAUUUCAUAUGAACAUGUGACACUUAAUUUGCGUUAUCCUAUCCAAUACCCAUUUGCAAACAAAGAAACCAUAAU